GUCAUAUGUCAACUGUCGAUGCGCUCCAUGGUAACGGCGCGAGCGUGCGGCGAAGGCAGAGGCAACAACAACAAUAACAACAUCGCGGGGAUAAAUAGGCGGCGAUCCGGCAGCGGCAGACGCGCCUCUGCGUGGCAGCGAUGCUGAGCCACGGCCGCCGGUAGCCAUGGCGAGCCGCGAAUCUCGGCGGUUAGCUGGAGUGCCGGCUCUCAGUCAGCGGCCGCACGGGUUCGCCGGCCUCACGCUGCCUGGCUAGAGCGGCUGCCCGAGGGAGGUGGGCGGGCUGCCGGCUCUCAUCCCCUCAGCUCCGGCUCCAAGCACAUCGUCCCUGGCACCCCAACCCAUUCAUCUCCUACUCCUGGUCGACUGGCUCCGGAAGAUGGCGACCGGCGUGGGCUGGCAGCAGCAGCACUGCAGCGGUGGACCGGCACCUGGGAAGGUGGGCUCGGGCCCCGAGUACACCCAGGAGCUGCACAUCAAGAUGAGCAAGAAGAUUGCGCAGCUGACUAAGGUGAUAUAUGCUUUAAAUACUAAAAAUGAUGAACACGAGGCUGCUAUCCAGGCACUCAAGGAGGCCCAUGAGGAGGAAGUACAACAAAUCUUUGAUGAAACAAAGGAGAAAAUUCUUCACUACAAAAGUAAGAUCAAUGAGGAAGUAGAACUACGGAAGAAAAUCCAGUCUUUGGAAGAAUCUCUGGAACAACAUGAGCGGAUGAAACAACAAGCACUUGCAGAAUUCGAGGCCUAUAAACAACAGGUUGAAGAUGCACGCCUUGUUUUAGAAACUCAUCAAAUGCAAGGUGUUAUGAUUAUGUCUAGAAAUAUUCAAGAAAUUAAGGAUAAUUUUGAAGAUAAACUGCAACAGUUUAUGCGGUUAGAAUCUCAAUUUGAUCUGGAUAAACAAGAAACUCUGGAAGAAUUGCGUGCAGCUCACAGACUAGAAAUCCAGAAUCUCUUAAAGUCUCAUCAAAGUCAACAGGAAACUUCAGAUAAGCAACAGGAAAAAUUGCACCAAAUGCUCAAAGCUGAACUGGUUUCUAUGAAGAACAAAAAUGAAGAACUUGUACUUGAAAAGCAAAAUGUAGUGGAAGAAUUUGAAGCUAAAUUGAGCAAAACUCAGACUUUUUAUGAACAUGAAAUUGAAGCUUUAAGAAAAUCUCAGCAGGCAUCAGAAAGUGCACUAUGUAAACAGAGGGAGUCUCAGUUAAAGAUGGAGUUUCAUAGCCAUGAAACUGCUUUAAAAACAGCACUUGACAAGCUUCAGACGGAAUUGCAAAUUGCUCAGGAGGAUGGCAAUCAGCUGAGGAGCAAAUGUGAACAGCUUCAUGGUGCAUUAAUCAAAGCAGAAAGUCAUAUUCAAAUGCUUCAGGAACAACUGAAAGACGACCAACAGAAUGCUAAUGAUACUCUUAUAAAACAAAAGCAGUUAGAAAAUGAACUCGUUGCUUGUAACGAUCGUAUUCAACAGCAAUCUGCAGAAUUGCUACUUAAAUCAAGUCACAUUGGAACACUUCAAGCAACACAAAUGACUCAAGAAGCUACAAUCCAAGAACUGGAGUUACAGCACUGUAGAUUAAUGGAGAAGUUAUCCCAUCUUGAAGAGGAAAGGAAUACAUUGCGAAACAGCAAGAUGACCUUGGAUGAGCAGCAGAGACAACAACUAAUGGCCAUUGAGAAGUCCUUAAAUGAAGAAAAAGAAAUGCAAAGGCAAUAUUAUGAACAGGAGAUAACAAACCUGCGCCACAAGCUUGAAGAGGAAACUAGAUUUCUAAAGGAAACCUUUAGGAAAAGUAUGGAGGAGUUAUCUGAAAAACAUCAAGCUGCAUUAGAAUCUGUUCAAGGCACAAGUGAAAGAGAAAAGAAAAAGUUGCAACUGGAAAUAGAUCAAAAUCUUGAAAAAGAUCGACUACGAAUGGAAGAAGAGAAGAAUCGGUAUCAACAACAAAUGGAAAACUUGCAGAAUGAGUUGACUGCUAAACUAAACACAGCCAAUCAAGAGGUGUGUCGUUUACAAGAGCUUGUGAAAAAGAGUGAACAUGGCUUAGGAUCAGCAGAAGAGCAUAUAUCCAGCUUGAAGGAUGCUCAGGAAAAACUGCAAAAAGAAUUGAAUUAUUCUAGGGCCAAACUAAGGGAGACAAGUGAUUCCCUUUCUUCUGUGCAGGGAGAAAUGGAACAACAGAGACAGAACUAUGAGGCACGACUAACUGCUGCUAAAGAAGAAGAGAAAAUCAAAUUAGAAAGAUUGGAAAAGGAUCUGGAACAAAAGUGGAAAACAGUUGUGAGGGAGCAAUAUGAAAAAUUAUGUGUAAAGUUAGAAAGACAACACGCAGAUGAGAAACGGUCUGCAUUGGCUCACCUCUCACAUCAAAAGGACCAGGAAAUCAGUGCAGAGAAGGAAGGCUGCCAGAAAAAGGUAGAAGAUCUUUUGAAUCAGAUCUCCUUAUUGAAGCAAAAUUUGGAAAUGCAGCUAUCCCAGUCUCAAGAUUCCUUGCAAAAACUUCAAUGCCAAUUCAGUCACGAGAGACAGCGACUCAUAAAGCAAAUGCAAGAAAUGGAAGAAGAUCAUAAACAUCAACAGGCAUCUUUAGAGGAUGCUCACCAGAACGCUUUAAGAGCUUUGAGUGAGUCGAAGGACCAAGAUUACAAGAAAUUGGAAGAGUCUUUAAUCAGUCAGCAUAUGGAGGAAAUGCAGGCCCAGAAGGAUAGUCAGAGAAUGAAUUUGGAGGCAUUGCAAAAGGAGGCAGAACAACAUCUGCAGGAUUUGAGGACAGAGUUGGAAGAGGAAAGGAAAGCACUACUUGCCGCGUCUUGUUCAGAUCUCAACUACAAGCAUUCUGUAGCAAUGGAACAACUGAAACAAAGUCACCAACAGGAAAUGGCAACUGCACGAAUGGAAUUAGAACAUGCUGUUGAGCUGCGCCGACAAGAGAAGAAGGAGCUACUGAGCAGAAUAUCGGAUUUGCAAGAAGAAGUACGCCACCGUGAGCAACGUGUAAAGGAAAUGGACGAGGAGAACCGAACUAUGCAUGAAAACUUAAAUACCUUGACCAAAGAGCUUGAGUAUAAAGGAAAUGAAGUUCUUAAAGUACGAAGUGAAGUCAACCAGAAAAUUAGGAUUUAUGAACAGGAGAUGAUAAAGAAACAGGAGAAGAAGAUAAAUGAAAUGACUGCAGCCCACAUCCGAGAAACACAGUGCAUGUUAGCAGACUUCAACAAGGCUCAGGAAUUCCUGAAAGAUAAAAUUUCUACUCUGGAAAUCUUAUUGGAAGAGGCCGACGAAAAAAUUAGCAACAGAGAAUCAAGAACAGAAGAUUUACAGCUGAUCAGUGAGUUAAAGGAAAUGAUUUCAGAACGGGAUCAGCUGAUGAAAAAACUAGUGGAUGACAAGAAAUUUUACCAACUGGAAUUGGUGAACAGAGAAACGAAUUUCAACAAGGUUUUUAAUGCCAGCCCUACAGUAGGAGUGAUCAAUCCUUUAGCCAAGCAGAAAAAGAAGAAUGAUAAAAUUGCCAGUCAUUUUGUUAGUGUUCCAAACCUAAGUGCUGUGGAGUCUGGAGGAAUGGGAAAUGGGCAACAUCACCAUAAUCGUUUGGAGCCAAUUCCGAAUUCACCUGUUCAUGAUAUUGAGUUCAAUAGCAACAAACCUCUACCCCAGCCAGUACCUCCAAAAGAGGUAAAAAGAUUUCUGAGCUGAAAAGAUGGCUACUCUGAUAGAAGGCACAUGGUAGAUCUGUAUCAAUGGCUGUUUCCGGUCAGAGAGCAGCUGCACUAUGUCACAAGAAGGGAGAAAGGAACUCUAGAAAAUAUGAACUUUUAUACAGAGGUUCCCUAAUGACCUAAUGAAUAUUCAAACUGCAGUAUUCCUUAAUACCUAGUGAAUGAGAAUCUUAGAGAUCUCCUUUUCAUGUUAAAUGUAAGGUAUGGCUAUAUAAAUUGUUAAUUUGGGUUAAAACGAAGAAAAUGUUGAGAGUAUAAAGCAUAUUGUAAAAGAUAAGUAGAUGAACAUUUCAUAAUGAAUAUAUUAUCUGUAAAGUUUCGUUUUUUUUAAAUGAAUGAUAUUUUACAUUUAUUAGUAUGUUUUGCCCAUUAACUUAUGCUUAUAAAGCUGGUUUCCAUAAUUAUAUUUUGUCACUUCCAGAUUAAUACAAGAAAUUUGAAAUUAAUUGAUUACUUUAAAAUCUGGACAAAUUUAAAAGGUACAUAAGAACUUAGGUUGCUGCAGUUUACUGUAAAUAGUUUGUAAUAGCAAGAAUAAACUUGAUAAAUUAUAAUUGUACAGAAUCUAUGAAACCUGUUUUUUAAGAUAUACAUAUAAUACUGUGUUUACAGGGAACUGUGCCACUUUAAAGCAUGUAUACAAGUGCCUUUAACUUUGAAUAGUUGCAGUUGUUGAAUUAUUCUUUAUUAUCCAUUAUAUUUGUGGAAUUGUUCCUGCUUUGUUAUUUCUUAUUAUCUGGGCUUAAGCUUCAUUGGUUUGACCAUAUUUGUACUUUGCUUUGUUUGGUAGCUUGUAUAAUGUAAAGCAUGCUUUUUUAACUACAUAUUUUUAUUUUAAUAAAUUAAUCUUGCAUAU